GUUCCAUGGACGUUUCCGAGAUGAGGUUAACGCUUUAUCCGUGCAGUAAAGAACCCUGCGUUAUUGUUAGGGGGAAAACAGUCCCGGUUGAAAUUGCGUUCGCGGAAGGGAUGCACUACUUGAGAGUAGCUUUGACGUGUGGUCUGCUUCUCGGUUUAUCGAUGCUGACAGAGAGUUUAAACUUCAGAGAUUGUGGCUCCAUGGAUGUUUCCGUGAUGAGAGUGACGCUUCCUUCAUGCAGUAAAGAACCUUGCGUUACUGUUAGGGGGAAGACAACCCGGUUGAAAUUGAGUUCACGGCAGUCAGAGUCAUCGCUGCUGAAAUUCCCAAAAUCCGGGGUGCUACAAUUCCCGGAAGGCGGUAUAUGUGCACACCUGCGUCCACCUUGCCCCAUUAAAGCUAGGAAAUUCUACGGUUCGCUUCACAGACCCAGAGUGAAUCUGAAGGGCAAACCCGUAGCUCGCUGGU